AUUUCCCACCACAAUGCUGUUAUUCUCACAUGACAUCCGGUCCUGGACAUCUGCUGUGGUCAGAACAUAGUCCCACACAUUUACAUCAGUCAACUUGCCCACGAAGACAUCUGCACUGAAGAUCCCCAACCCUAGCCCUUUUCAAGUACCGCUGCUCCCCCACCAUUAAUCCAGAGCUCCACACCACCAGUGUGGGAUGACCAGGUGAAAGGAGUUUUGGUGUGCCUUUUGGACAGGGGAUGUUGGUGUCCUUUUCAGCCCUAGCGAACUGGAUCACGUCUAGCUGGAGCUGGAGUCCAGCUGUUUACUUGCUGCCUAAAUACCUCUGCUACCUCUGCUAACUUCUUCAGCACUUGGCUUUACUGCAAUCCUUAGUGGCCUUGUGACAAUGCCAUCUUGCAACCCGACAAGACGCAUUAUAAGUUAGCAUUGGAGGUGUUGCAAAGGGGGCAUGCCUCAUCAGAGCCAAACCAUUGGUGGAGGUUCCAAGUCACAACAUAUGUCAUCUCAUAGCACUUCCAUAUUUUUAAACAAAAAAUAGAGAACCCAAUAAUCCAAAGUUGCCUUUAGAUUCCCUAUGAGCAAGCAGUCUACAAUGGUGGGAAGGAAACAAAAUGAAAAAACCCUGUAACAAGCAAGGGGGAAAGAAACUCUGACAGAACCAAGCUCAGGGAAGGCGUCCAUCUACCUCGACCAGUUGGGGUGAGGGUGGGGGAUAGCAGGAGGGGUUCAGAUAAGGAUAGCUCAUGGAGAACAGACAAACAAUACAAAGAGUACAAUGAACAUUUGGAGCUAGUGUGAAUAUACCCAUUGCUUGUGAGGUAACUGGACAUCGUUUUGGCCAUGAUGGAAAAGAAAAUUUUCCCUUCGACAUUCAGAAUGGUAGUAUUCCUGAACAGACUGAGGGUGCUUGAGUUCUGCACAUUUGGGAUGAAAACUGUGACCGCUCUUUGUCAUCCUGAAGGGAUCAUUUGCUUUUUCCAAGCCACGCUCAAGAGUUUGCACAAGAACCUCAGAACCCCAGGGAAGUUCUUGUAGAACUUGUAUGGAAUUCUACAAUGCGGAGGCUGCUCUUGCUUUUUGAACUAUGUCUGCCACCUUGCUGAGUCUGAGGAGGGCAUUUUGAACAGGAAGACUGGAGAAGCUGGACGAGGAGCAUACCCUGGGGAUUCAAAUGGGGUUGACUUUUCUGGAUUGCUCUACUGCUUUUUGAUGUAACUUUCAAGCUCAAUUUUCGUGAUCUCUGGUUUUCCACUUCUCUUGUUCUCCAGAAGUUGUCUCUCAUUCUUGUAGGAAUUCCUAAAGAAGUUGCUGUUUUCUGUCUGCUUCCUCCUUCUGCAUUUGCAGAAAUGUUCUGCCUGCCACACGGAGACAAGGUUCUCCUUCACCUCCUCCCAGAGGAGGUGAAGGAGGUGUCUUCCUCUGCUGCUUUCGGAGUUGACAGCGCUUCCUUACCAGCUGCUCCAUCUCUCUCCCUCCUUCCUCUCUAUCUUGGGCCAAUACUUUACCUCUCAGCAAUUUCUCAAAACCUGCUUUUGCACUCCUCAUACAGGAUGUGUCCGAUGCAUUUAAGCCUCCACCUGGCCUAGCAGAGAGUGUUCUUGAAUGCACUAUAUCUUUGUCCAACUGUUGCCAAACUGCCAAGUCCUUCAUUUCUGGCCACUUGAGUCACUGUCUCUGGCCAGGUUCUUUCUCCUCUGCCUUCUGGCCGGAGUCCUGAUUAAUGGCUGUGGUUGGUGAUCUGUGUGUAUCCCCUGUGGUGCCACCUUUGGAGGGAUUACUCUCCACUGCUGGGCCUUUUGAAUCCUCCACUUGCUAUUUCCUUGGUGGAUCCACAAUGCUGUGAAAGUGGUCACCUUCUCCCACCCACAUCUGCAUCUCCUCGAUGUCCUAUAAUCUUAUUCUGGGUCCCUUCCAGUUGUUAUACUGAAAUUCGGCGAUUCUGACCUUUCUUCCAUCCCACCCAUGUUAAUGAAGUUAUUACUGUUGCCCCAUGCAUAAGUACUUGUGAUUCUCUCUCUCUGAUGCUGCCGGUUUGUAAUAAACUAUGAUGAAAUUGUUCUAAACAGCUGGAAACUAAACUGCUAGUCUGUGUAUGAAAGCUCACCCGUCUAAUGUGAAGACAACCUUCACAAUGUGAGCUGCCAUCAGAUACUGACCUGGACUGAUCCAUUGCCCAUGUUCUCUCUGGGAAAAUGGAAAAUUAUAAGAAUUUAAUUUCUUUGUCUUUAGAGACACUCAUAGGGAUCUUGCUGCUGUCUGAUGCAGUAGGCAUUAAACAAACUCAAACCUAUUAGUUCCAAUCAGCUGGAACAAACAACCCUUUGCUGCUCCUAACAGCUUGUGGGGACAAACAUUUGAAUUACAUUUAUUUUUGGUGAGUAUCAUUCUUUAUGCCGUUUGUGUCUGUUUUCAUGGCAGUAAUAAAUGUGAAGUUGUUGUGUUUGGACGAAUAUUGAUGCUGAAAUGUGGAAAAAUCCGUCCCUUAAUCACUUUAAUUUAAUCACUUAAUCACCUUAACCAGUAACACACAACUCCUAGUACCACUGCUUGUGCGAGUCUAUCCGUAAAUGUGAUGGUUCAGCUCAGACUUGCACUGCAUUGAAAGUUAUAUAAAGAAAUGUUAUUUGGUCCAACCUCGCAAGAUUGCCACCGCAUCUUUUACGGAUAAGCGACAAGGAUGCACAUUCACACACGCUGUAAAAGGCAGAAUCUGGUGUUGCAGUAAUGACAAAGUGUGCUGCUAUUACUGAUGAAAGUGACAACAGCUUCAAACACAACCAUGGCGGAGUACAAGAAAGAGGGAAAGCCUGUGGAGAGGAGAGGGAGACUGACUGUAGUCUUGGGACUGGCAACGUUCAUAUCUACAUUUGGUUCAUCCUUCCAGUAUGGUUAUAAUGUGGCUGUCAUCAACUCUCCAUCACCGUUCAUGCAGCAGUUCUAUAACACCACCUACAUGGAGCGCUACAACAGCCCAAUGGAGGAGGACUUCCUCACUCUGCUGUGGUCUCUGUCAGUGUCCAUGUUCCCUCUUGGAGGCUUCUUUGGCUCUAUCAUGGUGGCUCCUCUAGUCAACAAGUUAGGGAGGAAGGGCACCCUCCUCUUUAACAACAUCUUUGCCAUCGUCCCUGCUGUGAUGAUGGGAGUCAGUGAGAUUGCCAAGUCCUAUGAGAUCAUCAUUGUGGCCAGGUUUAUAGUGGGCAUCUGUGCAGGUCUCGCAUCCAACGUGGUGCCCAUGUAUCUGUCCGAACUCGCCCCCAAAAACCUGAGGGGAGCCAUUUGCAUCGUCACAGAGCUCCUCAUCACCAGUGGGAUUCUCCUUGCCCAAACGUUGGGCAUCAGACACAUACUGGGCAACGGCACAGGCUGGACUCUCCUGCUUGGCUUAACGGGUAUUCCUGCUGUGAUUGAGCUCCUGCUGCUGCCCUUCUUCCCCGAGAGUCCCAGAUAUAUGCUCAUCCAGAAGGGAGAUGAGAAAAGGGCAAGGAAAAUACUGCAACGUCUGCGUGGCUGGGAGGACGUGGAUGAAGAGUUGUUAGAAAUGCGUCUGGAGGAGCAGUCAGAGAAGGCCGAGGGCCGCCUGACUGUACUCAACCUACUGUCCCAGCGCUCUCUUCGCUGGCAGCUGAUCUCCAUCAUCGUCAUAAACAUGGGCCAGCAGCUGUCGGGGGUCAAUGCGAUCUUCUACUACGCAAACAGCAUAUAUGCCAAUGCAGGAGUCAGGCAGAAUGACAUUCAGUACGUCACAGUGGGAACAGGUGCAGUGAACGUCUGCAUGGUCAUGGCUGCUGUCUCCAUUGUGGAGUCUUCGGGUCGAAAGCUGCUCCUCGUAUGUGGUUUUGCGGUCAACUGUGUAGCCUGUGUGCUGUUCACUGUCGCUCUCAACCUCCAGGAUAGCGUGGCGUGGAUGCCCUACGUCAGCAUCGCCUGCGUGGUCGUUUACAUCAUGGGACACGCCAUCGGACCCGGUCCCCUUCCUUUUCUGGUCACCAGUGAGAUGUUCAGGCAGACGGCCAGGCCUGCAGCCCUCAUGAUCGCAGGCGGCGUCCACUGGCUCUCCAACUUCAUUGUUGGCCUCGCCUUCCCUUACCUAGAGAAAGGCCUGGGCAACUACAGCUUUCUCAUCUUUGCGUUCAUUUGUCUGGUCACAUUGGUCUACAUCUGGAUUGUGGUGCCCGAGACCAAAAACAAGACCUUCCUGGAGAUCAGCCAGAUGUUUGAUAAGAGGAACAAAGUCGAGAUCAAACUGGAUGCAGGCGAUUUGCCUCUGAAAGAAAGCAAAGAAAACCCGUGGGAUGUGGCAAAGGUCACGUCCUUCUAAAGAAAAAUGAAGCAUUGAGAAGAAGUGUUCGCUGCAGGAAUGCUUGAAGGGGGUAUUGGGUAAUGGACUGGACAAUGGUUUAAUUUAGACUCUAUUUUCUUUUUACGUGUAAUCGUUACUCAUCUCUUUGUGUGUAGUUUCUUUGUGCCUGCUGAGGUUUGCAGUGCAGGUUUUAAAAUACUGGGAAUUGAGUGCAUGGGUCAUUAAACAAAUCAAAAAGUCUCCCGUAAGCCUUUAUUGUUGAGGCAGAGAUAUCAAUACGAUACAUGACUGAAGCUGUGACAUACAUUUUGCAUUAAAUAUUGACUUUAAGGUG